AACCAAAGGGUCACCAAUAGGAACCAUUUAUUGAAACUCUCAAAAACCCUCUGAAAGUAGAACCAAAGUCACUGUGUGUGUGUGUGUGUGUGUGUGAGAGAGAGAGAGAGAGAGAGAGAGAUGGCAAAAGAUAGUUGUCUAGCGAGAAUAACUGCUGGGGUUGCUGUGGGCGGUGCAGUUGGUGGCGCUGUUGGUGCUGUUUAUGGGACUUAUGAGGCUAUUAGAUACAGGGUGCCUGGUCUUAUGAAAAUCAGAUACAUUGGACAAACAACUUUGGGCAGUGCAGCCAUUUUUGGUCUCUUCUUGGGUGCUGGGAGCUUGAUACACUGUGGAAAGUCUUACUAAGCAUAUCUUUGCUAGCUGCAGUUAAACUUUUUGAUUACCCGAGUCGUUAUCAGACUAGUGUGCCUGUGUAAUUCCUAUAUUUUUUUGUGUAUUUCAGUUAAGUUAUGAUGCUUGAAUUGGUGAUUCAAAAUUGAGCUUUUCUCUAACAUUUCUGCUGCAGUUUAUGGCUCAGUUGGUAGGCCAUGGUGUAACCUCGUUCCCCUCUUUCCAUCAUUUAACAAUAAUCAUCAAAAAAAGAGAAGGGAAAAAGUUUUAUAGCGUGUUCGAAUGGUAA